CAACUCCUUGUCGGGAAAUCAUUUUGGCGUCAACAAGUUCCAUUCCAUUCCCGCUGGCGGCUCCACUUCAACUCCCUCAUAGAUUCCACAUCACAAUUUGGAAUUCUUGUCACAUAAAGCUGUUGUGAAUUCACACAUAUAUGGUUGUCUUAACUAUCACUAUCACUCAUCAAGUUCAUGGAAACUACAGGAUCAUGCGAGGCUUUGGUUCACUGGUUAGUAGUAUGGGAAAUGCAAGAGGUAGGAAAAGCUUCCGUUGUCAACAAGUCCCUAGACUAGAAUCUCAUAUGGUAUGAUGAUACUCUUCAAGAUUGUUAUUUCA